UUUUUUUUUUUUCUAAUGCAGCUUUCUCUUCGGAGUAUUACUUGUCGCUGGCUGGUUUGAAACGCCUCAAGGGUAUUUAGGUGCUUCUUCCGCGCAACAAGUGCUGGAUACGCUGAGCCUCCCAAACUGCGAGGUUUCACUUGUGAAAAGACUCUUUUGUCUCAAAUUCCAUUAUCGCACGUUUGAUGGCACAUGCAACAAUCUCUGCAACAUUACAACCGGAGCCGCCUUUACACCGCAUGAUCGGUUCCCAGGCUUAGAUCCUCCUACUGCGUAUGAACAACCAGGCAACCAACCUCGGCAAUUCUCGUCCGUAAGAUUUAAAGGCAAGCGCAUUCGCCUCCUAAAUACGAGGUUUGUUAGCAAGAUAGUGUUUGAUAACUAUCCAGACCGAGCAAGUUUUACCCACAUGGUAAUGACGUGGGGUCAAUUUUUGGACCAUGAUCUCACGCUCACUGAAUUCACUGUGGGGGUCAACCCACAGCUCGAUUGUGGCACGAGCCAGGAACCUUGCCCCAGCCUGAUUGAAAAACCUUUCUGCUUCGGAGUCAACAUCAGCUCCAGGGUAAGGCUAUCGGGCGAUCCUCUUGCACGGUGUACUCCUCUUGUCAGGUCAGAGCAGAACAGCCACGGCAAUCAGAUAAAUGAGAUAACCGCUCACCUUGAUGGGUCACAAGUGUACGGUUCAGAUCUCGACACAGCGAACAGCCUUCGCUUCUUCAAACUGGGACUUUUGAUAGUUGAACCUUUCAUUAACAGCAGCGACUUACCCAUUCUUCCAGCACAGGAGUCUGUGGGCGGUGAAGCAGGCUUCUGUAGAUCUAACGAUACUGAAACUCAGCCUUGCUUCAGAGCUGGGGAUCCUCGAGUGAACGAAAAUCAAGCCUUAAUGGCAAUGCACGCUCUGUGGGUUCGUGAACACAACCGUAUUGCCAAACACCUGUUCACUCUGAAUCCAUCGUGGAAAGACGAGAAACUCUAUCAAGAGGCGCGCCGAAUCGUUGGUGCCAUGUUACAACACAUUACAUAUAAUGAGUGGUUGCCAACACUCAUCCCCAGUCAAAGAUUGAGACGAAAAGCAGGAGUUGCGCUGGAGGCCGAUGGAACAUUCUCCAACGAUUACGCUCCGGAAAUAAAUUCUACAAUUAUCAACUCGUUCGCCACGGCUGGCUUAAGAAUAGGCCACACUUUAAUUCGGGAGAACUUUACAGUGUCGAGUGGAGUUGAUCUCAUUGACCAGCUAUCCCAAUCUCCAGUCGAUUUUUUUAACCCAGGACCGCUCAAUGAUCCAAACUUAGGAGUCAAUCCUUAUACAGGUCUUUAUCUCGGAUUGGCUGGAAUAAGAGCUGGCGAAUUUGAUCGGUAUGUAUUUUGCUAUGUUUUGUGAGUCAAAAUAAACUGACUGACAAUCGGAAAGCAAGAACUUCAUUUAUCGAUUGUCUUUCACCCAUGGAGGCAGUGUGGCCGAGUGGUCAGCGUGUCCGCCUCGCAAUCCAGCGGUCCCGGGUACGA